AUUGUGUUUGGGAGUGAAAAAGAGAGUAGGAUAGGAAAAUAUGCUCCUUCACAAUAUGGAAACACAGUGGGUAUAGUGGGACAACAGUAUGAAAUGACAGCCAAGACAGAUUCACCAGAACACAAUCGCGUUGCAUCACCCACUCAUCCUGCUACUGUGGAACCUAACAUGACCAGCUCGGAGAUAGCACCACCGAAUUUCGAAUACCGUGAAAAAGUACAAGCAUUGCAUGCAUAUCAAGCGAAUCCUGAAGACCCAAACGAACUGAGUUUUACCAAAGGAGAGAUUCUGGAAGUAGUUGACCGUAAUGGAAAUUGGUGGCAAGCACGUAAAUCGGAUGGUACAAUAGGCAUUAUUCCAAGCAAUUAUGCAGGUAUUUUAUAA